GGUAGGCUUUUCGGGGCCCGUCAAACUCGGCUGGUCUAGACAGGCGGUAAAAGGAAAAAGCAGAUGGAGAAAACGAAGUUCCAUUCUAUUUUGUCAGAACCCGAUGCCAAGUCUGAGGAACUACAAUGAGGAAAUCCAGUGCCACACAUGCGUGUUGUAAAUGUUAAUUCGCCUAACAAAACUUAAGAAAUACGACCCAGUUCCACUUACUCAUGAUAUAAUAUGCCAGAAGCGUUUUUAAUCGGACCCAAGAAAUUGAUGCAAAUGUGAAACAUAUGUGCGAGCGUGCGUGAGUGGAGUUGCAGCAUUAUAUUUUUGGUUACUGUUCUCUUCUGGCCUCGAACUAAAAUUGAAUUACCAACUCGCAGAGGAAAUACGGGGAACAAUCUAUGCCAGCUGAGCCAAACAAUUUAGAAGACAAACGAAACGAAUCCUGUACCAUUCCACGCUAAAGCAUUUAGUCCAAGCCUCCUCGAAGACAAAGGACCCACAAGACGGGAACUGGAAACUAAUCCUGCUCGUUCUAUGCCAAAUCUUCAGUAGUAGUCUCGCCAGCGGUAAGCAAGAUUCUCGUCUACAAAAUGUCCCUGGCCGACAUGGGCACAACCUCUCGAUCCGCCGGUAGCGGAGGAGGCGGUCGACACUAUGAUCUAGCCACAGGCGGAGGUGGAGCUCAUCCGGUGAGCGGUGGGCUACCCGGAGGCCGCAUGACGCACUCCCUCAGCACUCCUUCUGGAGUGGAUGGCACGCCCUCCACUCCCCGACAUCGUGGCGGAAAAAAGUUGACUGUUCGCAUCCAGAUGCUGGACGACUCGAUCACUAUGUUCCAAGUACAGGCUAAAGCUCUGGGGCGCGUUCUAUUUGAACAAGUAUGCCGUCAGCUGAACUUACUUGAGGCCGACUACUUUGGCUUGGAAUACCAGGAAGUUUCCACACAUACCAAAUACUGGCUGGAUCUGGAGAAGCCAAUGAAUCGCCAGGUGGGCCUCUCACUUAUCGAUCCAGUGCUGCGCUUCUGCAUAAAGUUCUAUACACCUGAUCCAGCGCAAUUGGAAGAAGAGUAUACCAGGUACUUGUUCUGCUUGCAAAUCAAACGCGACUUGGCCACAGGCAGUCUGCAGUGCAACGACAACACGGCAUCCUUGAUGGCCAGCUACAUUGUUCAGGCGUCAUGCGGCGACUUCGUUCCUGAGGACUAUCCCGACCAUACCUAUCUGUCCUCCUACCGUUUUGUGCCCCACCAGGAUGCCACCAUGCAGCGAAAGAUUAUGGAGAACCACAAAAAGCAUGUCGGUCAAUCCCCGGCGGAGGCGGAUCUUAACCUCUUGGAGACGGCUCGAAGGUGUGAACUGUAUGGCAUGAAAAUGCAUCCGGCUAAGGAUGUGGAAGGAGUGCCACUUAAUUUAGCUGUGGCCCACAUGGGAAUCACAGUCUUCCAGAACAUCACGAGAAUCAACACCUUUUCGUGGGCUAAAAUACGCAAGAUUUCUUUCAAGCGCAAGCGAUUUCUGGUCAAACUUCACCCCGAGGGAUAUGGAUAUUACAAGGACACCGUGGAGUUCUUCUUCGAGGGUCGCAACGAGUGCAAAAACUUCUGGAAAAAAUGCGUCGAAAAUCACGGAUUCUUCCGAUGCACUGCCGUUCAAAAUACGCCCAGGCGGAAAACUCGCGUUCUCUCACGGGGUAGCUCAUUCCGCUAUAGCGGAAAAACCCAGAAACAGAUUAUCGAAUUUGUUCGAGAAAAUUAUGUGAAGCGGCAAAACUUUCAAAGGUCUCAGUCAUUCCGGCAAGGGCCACUGAAUGCUAGUAGCCGAAGUCAAUCGCAUACGUAUGUGAAUACCAGCAUUUCAGCCAAUCCCCUUCUCCCAAUUGACACUGCGGCAUGGGACUAUCGCAAUCAAUGCAGCGACUCGAUGACCCCUUCUCUGACGAAGAAGGCAGCGGAUACCUUGGAUCGCCGACGCGACAAUCCUAUCGACCACAUGCGUUCUCAAGUCACAGCAGCCCAGGUGGAGAUCUAUCAGACGACGAACUUUGCAGCGGACUCGCCAACCUCCCUGGAGGAAGCGGAAUGCUCGGCGGCGGUGGCGGAACGGCAACACCACUCGGCAGUGGAUAUGGACCAACUGAAUUCGAACCGCUCACUUUCGCCCCAGGGACCGCAGUCGUGGACUUCGCCCAGUCACAGCAGCCACCUCCAACAUCGCGGUCCCGAUCAGGCUCGUGUGCAUCUAGGCGAUCACAAUACAGGUCUGAGCCACUUGUCCCACUUGUACAGCAGCAGCACCCCUCGUCGAGUCUCAGUGGGAUCCCAAGCGUUUGUCCCUGCGUCGCCGCAGCUCAUCCGCAUCAACACGCACAGCAGCAGCACCAAGCACAACACUAUGCACAACAACCGCACGGUAGUUCGUUCGGUGGAUCUCAACAGCUCUAUGGAGUUGGAGGAGGAGGCGGAGGAUCCGGGAACUGCGGACACGGAGGAGGAGGGGGAGCCUAUGGGGGAGGAGGAAUCAGUCGGGGAGGAAGCGGACUCGGACUUGACGGCAUCUACCAUCAAUCGGGAGACUAUGGGGGCAGCCUCAGCGGCGGCAGCAUCGGCCUCGGCCUUGGCAUCGGGAUCGGCCCGAGAUGCCCAUCAUCCGCAGCUUCAGUCACAGGAGUCCCAGUCGCUAACUGCCACGCCAGUCCAUUAUAGCAGUACGAAUUAUUCGAUGUCUAAGCAGUGCAUGCUCAACAACGCCAAUGCCAACUCGACCGAAACUGAAACGGACAACAUAAUCUACACUGAUAUCAACGACAUGGGCCACUUCAAGUAUCCGGACUUUCACAGCUCUGCACACCAGGAGCACAAGAUCUCGAAUAGCGAGCACCUUAAUCUUAAUGAACGCAACGACAUAUAUGCCACUGUAAAUCGCAAAGCCAAGUCAAAGAUUCGAGAAAAGCAUUUUAGUGAUGAGUUUAUCGAUCAGUCUAUACUUCAGUACACGAGGGCCAAGCAAAUGGGAGUAGGUCAAGUUCCUGUUCUCCUGCAACAGCCAAGCACCUCUGCAUAUGCGCUUGCCCUUCAAGAAAGAAAUUACAACAGCGAAAGUUACCAGUAUCAUAACGAUCUUAACCACCCCUCAGAGUCCUCAUCCUCCUCCUACUUUGGGACUGGAUUCGGUACUAAGCGGUAUGCUCAGAGCGGGCGAACCAAGCUUGCUCAAUCUGAAAAUUACCUGACGCCUUCUCUGGACUCGCAAAGUUCCCGGCACACCCAUUCACUUCCCCGGAACUCGGAGCUGUCUGGAGUGGAUUCAGUAGAUUCGUACGACAGCCACUACAUCACCCAUCAUUCAGUAGGAAUUCUUCCCUCUGGUCGCCUUUCUUCUUCGUCAGAGAAACUUGAUUACAAGUUGCCUUCUGGCAAUCUUUACUCAACGGUUCAGUUUGUGAAACCCGAAGAUGCUUCCGCGCACUACAUAGAAGAUGAAGAGGAAGAAGGGGAAGACGAGGGCGGAAAUAUUUACGACCAGGUGGAGCGCGAUUCGUGGCUGAAAAGUAGCUCCUGCAAAGAUCUCUUCGAGCGCUACAAUAGCACCUACUAUGAUCGGGAGCUUUCUAAGCCAAUGACUGCAUUUGACAAGGAGUUUCUUUCCUCCAAUCGUAUUGACUCACCAGUGACACGAUACGACGACUCCCGUCACUCCUUGUAUGUGACCAAGAACCACUCGAUCGAUGCACAUCAAGAUUUCUCUCCAUUGCCGCAGAGCAAGGUGUACUCCUCCAGUUAUCCAGGCAGUACUUACAAUACCCAGGAGCACAAGCGCCAGCAUGGACAGCAUAUGGACUAUUCAGGUUCACAAGACGAUAUCUCGCAGGACAGCUACGAACUUCUGGAGAAGUACGAUAUUGACUUCUUUGGAGGGCGUGGCCGCUCCGAGGACCACAUGCGCUCCUGUUCGCUUGAUUCGGGCAACUACAUACCAAGCGACGACGAGUCGUUAUCCGAGGGGCAUCAGCAGCACAAAUACCGCUCGGAAAUAGACGUCAAAUCAAAGUCCGCAGCGGAUAUUAUGAAUGAAAUUUGGGAUGCUGAGGAUCCGCGCUAUCUGCCGCGCGAGAAGCUAUCUGUUAAGUCAGAUGGGAACUUCUACAAGAUGAUUCAGGAGGCUCUGAUCCGCACAUCAAGCCUGGAGAGCCAGAGCGAAAUGUUCGAAACGAAGAUUUCACGCAGUUCAGACUCCAGCAAAAAGUCGAGAGAUAGUCUCUACCAUACGGACAGUAAAAAGUCGCGGGAGACAACCAAAAGCAAAACGUCUGUGGCUUCUAGUCAGGACUCAAAAGAAUCCUUGGUGGGUGACUGCUUUGGUCGGAACUACGAGAUGCCAACCACCACCGGGAAGAAAGUGAAGCAGUUUACCAAGAAAGAGAUCUACGACAAAUUUGCCCAAUCCAGCCAGGAGUCUAAAAGUGAUUAUUAUGAUGCCGUUGAAACCGGCUUAGAGCAAGCACCCGAGGGGCUAUACUCCAGGCCAAAAGUUAAAAGUCACGAUUGCUUGCUUUCUGACACGCAUAGCUCCACUGCAAACAGUUCGUUCUAUGACAGUCGUGACACUUAUUCUACGUUUCCCAGCAAUAAAACACACAAGACCUCUAAGGUGCACUCUAUAAGUCUGCAAAAUGUAGAGAUCGAACGCAACGCCAAGUCCUUUGGCAGCAAGUCACCGGAAUCCGUAUCGACUCCGGCCUCGGGAAAACGAUGUCGAGAAAAAGAUAUACAGACAGGAGACUCUCUUGACCAAAUGGCUCCUAUCAAAAGGGGUAACUCACAAUCGUGUAAGAUUUCUGCUUUCCGUAGACGAUCUGAUAGUGAAAAUAUCUUCAGUUUCGACCAGGAUCGCAUAGAGUGCCUUCAGAAGUACACCAAGCAAUGGGAGGGUCAGCAGCACAAGGAUGAAAAGAGCAAGCAGAGUCCGGAGUAUCCACUCACUCCCGAACUUGUGUCGGAGUUUGAGAAGCAGCAGGCUCGCAUUAUGGCUCACCAAAAGAUAACACGUAAGGAGGAGCUUAUUGCCAAAACACACUUUGAGGAGUAUAACCCCAUUAUGGUGCCACUAAAUUACUCCUCUCAUGCUACUGUGGAGCGCACCAAAAGCGAUCCUAACUCGCUGGCCAAUCGUGCUCGUUUAGGAAGUAAUUCUCGCCGACAUGUGCUUAUGCAUCAAAAGUCUAUUGAUCUUACCCCAGCGGACUCGAACUCCAGCGAUGAAGAUUACAUCUACAAGCAGAUACCGAGCGCUCCCCCCCUUUGUAAAACACACGGCAAUUUCGAAAUUCCCAAGUGCUAUGAUGGAAGUGCUGCAGCGCAAAUGGCUCAAGAACUGCCAAAUACAGGCUUUGAACUUCCAAAGAGUUUUUUCAGAGAUUACGAGAGGCGUUUUACAAAAGUUCUAAAAGAGGAUAUUCCUUAUGUGCUCCACAAGCGCCACAUCAUGAAUGGAACAGCUCCCUCGCCAAGCGAAAAGAAACACAUUAAGCCCAAGUCGCCAAAAUCCCCAAAGUCCCCGAAGUCGCCAAAAUCUCCCAAAUCGCCCAAAUCACCAAAGGCUAGUUCCGGAGUUCCGGGAAAAUCUACAGAUUUUCUGCCUGAUAUUCUCGACAGUCUCUUGCCUCCAGACACCAAAGAAUUUCUUUUCACCCAAAACAUUGACCUUUCGAAGAUGGACCCAAUCACUUUGGAGAUCGAUAAGACCAUACCAACAAUUCAUUUGUCCUCACCGAAACGGGACAUCACAAAACAGAUGGACGCCUCAACGCUGGAGAAACUGAAUAAAAAACUCAGUCAGAUUGAAAGCGAUUCAGCCACCAGUUCGCGAACGGAGAGCAUGCAACAGCAGAAGUUGGAGCAAAAGCAGAUGGAGCUCAUUCAGAGUCUUCGAAAAGAGCUGCAGGCCAACGCUCGAAAAGCUAAUAAGCCAAGGGUUAUUCCGAAGACCAAGUCAGCUGGGAAAUCAAAGAAAGGUAAGACUCGUAUUACCUCCUUUUCCUCCGAUGACGAAAGCUUGGACUCGGAUGACGUAUUUGGUUCAGCGGAGGCCAUUCCCGAUCGGUUGGAGUUCUCGCCGCCGCAGUCCCGCAAGGAAAUCGAGUCUAUUCUCCGCAUUGAACAAAGCAGGCUUAUAUCGGCGGCGUGGGGUCGUGGACAAACAAUGAGCUCCACAGAGAUUGAGGGGUCUCCUCCUCAGUGUAGGCGCCUUGCUGACCUGGAGAGUCGGUACCAAACCCAAAAACUUGACCCUCAGUAUGCCAAUGCUUCUGAAUUACGGCGAAUCUCAGAGCGAUCUAUUUCUAUACCUUCGUCAGAGGAUGAACCUCAUAUGCCAAUGCGCGGACGUAUUGACGAGUGCACGAAUGACUAUCAGAGGAACGAAAACAUUCCUUCGCCUAUAUUGGAACAUGCCGAGUUUUUCCGCAGUAACGACGAUAUAUAUGAAACUUGCCACGAAGAACGAAUUACUGCCUCCGACAUUGAUUAUACAUUAAAAAAACAGACAGCCAGCGGGGCCAAGUCCAAAGUUAAGUUAAUCGAGGAGAUUAUAGAUUCUUCGAUUGUAAUGCGUUCCAAAGGCCAUGCUCCCAUUUUGUUCGCUCAUGCACGUCUGAAUCUCUCUGAGGGAUCAGUGUCCCUGCAACGCCAGAAGGCCACACAGCAGCAAUCUCCAACAACAGAGAGACGAACCAAGAGUCUAGACACUCCAGUUAUUUCGCUUCAUCGCCUCCCUCCCAUGAACGCGUUUUCUUCAAAAGACGAUACCGUGGGCUUUGAGGAGGAGGCGGAGAUUCUCGAAGAGAAGUCAUUGGAACGAGAGAAUCAAACGGCCGCGCAGGAUGAAGAUACCGCCGACAGCGUUCACUCUUGUGCAGGUUCCAUACCCACGCAAAGUAGUUAUCAAACAAAUGGUAAAGACUCUCUGCUAAGUGCAGUAUCAAUCGACAGCGAGGAGGCCGAACUGCUUAACCAACUGCGGUACAUAGAAAAAAUUGCCUUACAGGGAGUCAAAAUCAAGGAUAAGAAGAAGUCAAAGAUGAAGCUUAGAAGCGGUGAUCAUCUCAUCCUAAAUAUACCAAAAUACCGAUUCACUGACUGGUCACCCUACAGUUCAGCUAAUAGUUCCCGAAAGACCUCACCUGGGGUCUCCAGAGCCAGUAGCAUUGAAAGUACUGGAAAAGGUAAACUAAAAACUACUGAACCAUAUAAGGGUAAGCCAGUGUCCAGAAGCCGACCUGAAUCUCGGCGGACCAGUGCCGAUGAUAUAAAAGCACGAGAUGGGAGGGGUAGUAAAAAAUCCAGUCCGAAAGAGCGCCCACGCGCCAUUGAGAUGCGUCGCCUGAGCAAGGACAAGAGCAAAUCCCAAGAAGAAACAGAGGCAGAUAUUGCCAAGCGCAAGGAGCGCCAACAGAAGCUUUACGAAUCAGCCAUGAAACAAACCAUAACUAUGCUGAGUCCAGUGAAAGACACGUUGCCGGCUUUCCCCGCUCCCGGAGAUAAAAUUCUCGUAAAGACUGAUGGGGAUAAGAUAAUCAUUGAAACAGAGUUUAAAUCUAAAGCGGAGGAUCACGUUCUGAUAGCCAAGAGCCCCAGAAAACUUGACAAUUCGCUCGUAAAAUUUAGCCGCAGCUUUGACGAAGGACGCAGCCCCGACAAGUUGGAUAAAGCAAAUCGCAGCUUUGAGGAUCGCAAUAAGUCUUUUGAGGACUCCGAGAAGUCAGACGCUCCGGAAGACAUGCUCAUAAAAUCGCCAAAGAAAAUUGCCAAGGCACAGGAACUUAAGCAGAAGAUAGAGGGCAGUGUCGUACACAAAAAGAUAGAUGGAAAGUCGAGUAGCCUGGAGAGACCAGCUGAACAUCAUCACCUAGGUCUCGAUGUCAAGGCCCGUAGUCUCGAUGACAAAAGACAGGCCACCGAGGCAGCAAAAAAGAAUGAGGAGAAGCCGGCGCCAGUGGUUAGGAGUGCAAUCGGGGAUCGUCGAAUGUUUGCCCACCAAUAUCAAGUUCAAGAGCCCCAUCAGGAAGAUAUCGACAUGCAAGCGGUGAUAUCAGAGCGUAGGUCUUUGGAGAUCCUCAAACGUUCCUUACCUUCGGAAGAUGCGCGCGACAGUGAGGGCGUCAUUAGUCGUAAGCCAUCCACAGCUGAAAGCCUUGACUCAUUUGUCUCCGCUGACGACAGCCACUCACCCGCAAGCAAGUCUCCAAUUCCAGGGGCAAAGGGCGGAACCGAGAUGUACCCACACCGAGUGCCCACAAUAGAAUGCGAAGAACCGUCCAUCGAAGAGGAUGACAAUUCUUCUGAAAGACAUCUAAAAGUUGGUAGGCAAGAUACAAAUAGGCUGAGUCUGGAUCGCAGUCGAAGCGACGAAACUGGUUCCUGGAUGACAGUUGAAUGUGAUGAGUUCAUAGGAUCGGAUACUUCUGACAAUGAACCACGCACCUUGGAACCAGAUCGUAAUGUUCUUGAAACGCAAGCAACAUUAGAAGAUGCUAAUCCGCUUGAAUACUCGAACUGCGCCACUCCUACAUCAGAUUUAAAUAUUCUUUUAACGCCACCCAACGCAAGUCCCCAAAUCGAGAAGUCAGUCCUAGAGACCUUUGAGAAGUACACCUGCUCUUCGGAAACCAGCAAGAAAAAAAACAUCCUGGAGAAGCAAAGCGAACGUUCCAAGAGCUCAGACUCGUGGACAAGCGGAGAAAAGGACACAAGUCCGCAGAGACAACAAGAUGGGAGUCUGUCAGUGGAUAAGGAAAAAAGUUCAGUUGAAGAGGAGUCCAGUGUCAGCUGCUCCAUUGCCCGCCCUCUUGGAAUAUCACAGGAUUUUGGAAAGGAAGAAACGCGCAAGUGCCAAGAACUUAAGCAGCGCAUGCUCCAACUGGAAGUCCGUAAGGAUGAGAUCACACCUACACGAUCCAACGAACAGACGCCUACCAACGAGCCGAAAGUCUUGGUGAGCAAAAAACCGAGCACACCGACCCUAGAAAAGCAGAGCCCGAUAGACUUGGGCACUAGCACAGAGUCCUAUCUGGAACCCAUUGAGGAGCGCAUUGCUAAGAUAUUAGAUCGGGGAUGUGCGCGCACUGAGGACAGUGAAUCCAGUUCAGGUGGAUCUCGCAAACCGCCACGGAUUGAGAAGCCGGCGAGGGCUAACGCGGGAAAAAAAUUAUCGGUAACUCGUGCGGAUGCGGGAAAAUCGGGUAGCGAUCGCAGUUCCCAGGAGUCAAAAUCAAGCUUCGACUCCAAAGGUUCUCUAAGCGUAGAGUCGCGCGGUUCCUUUGAAACUGAAAGCAGUUCUGGUUCUCUGGGGGCCGCGCAAAGGAGAGGGGAACUGGCCCUAAAAGAGCAGCAAAGCACCUGGCGCCCAUUUCCCAUCGAGAGCUCAAAUAGCUCUAGUACAGAUGAUCCUUGGCAUCAUGUAGAAACCGACGGUGGUUAUGAACGGUAUGAUGCACACAAUCCAUUGCGCGAUUCCUCUGACAGCGACGUAAAGGAGGUAUCGCCAGAUGAUCAGAAGGACGCAAGCGAUGUUAGCUAUCAAGACGAGCUGAACGACUUUCCGGCUACGUUCGGCUAUCCAGCCAUGACCAGUAAUUUAGGUGGAAUCGGUGUCAACCCCACUGAUAUCAUUGGAUACAGUACUGGGUUCACCUUGGGAAGGACUCUCUCAAGAAUCUCGGAACGUAGCACUGCUUCGGAAAAGUCAAGUAUGGAGGAUGAUGUUAGCAAAGCCUCGACGCAUUCCGUUAGCAUGCGGGAUGAAUCAGUGGGGUCAACAGAUCACCAGCCCAGUCUAAGCUCCGAUUCGAGGAGCAAUACAAAUCUUGCUUAUAUCUCAGAUGCUGACCGACGAACUUCGGCAGAGAUGCCAGAAAUUCCCUGCGACUCUGCUACUGGGGAUCGCCUCUCCAGUUUGGGUAGUCUCAAUGAACCCAAAUCGCCAACUCUGGUCACGGGACGUUUUUCUGUGACCCAUGUCGACGAACUACAAGGAGACGACGUAGAGCGGCACACACUUAUGUGCCUUUCCAAUGCGGGCAGUCAGGACUCGGAGGACUGGCCUCUUCCGGAGAUUCCCUUUGAUCAUGUCCCGGUAAAGCCGGCUGACUCGCUGUAUGCCAUGCCGGAUUUGGACAAACCGGUGCCUAAGUCUUUCUGCUGGAAGGCAAGCUUGUCGUUCCAGCAUUCUCAGGAUUCGCUUGACUGGCCGUCGCCUCCAUCAAGUGCCAUCGGGGCUCCCAUAAUUGUCGAAAACAUUGAAACAUACUAUGCAAGCGAAGCCCAAUGUGCUGAUAAAGUGAUUUUGGACGAGGAAAUGACAGUCGGACCUCCCGAUGUAGCUAAAAUACUACCAUACGAGGACACCGCCUAUCUUAUGUCGGCAGCCUUUGAUGAUAAUGAUUUCGGCAAUGAGCAAUUACAACCAGAUACGGUAAGCUGUCUUAGCUCUACGCUAAGUGCAGCCUCUUGCCUUUCGUCCUCGCUAAAUGUGAGCUGUACUACUUCCUCAACCCAAGCUACAGCAAGAAUUCAGCUGAAAAACUCCAGCCCUGAGGUAAUUGUCGCUCAACCGACAAAAUCGCCAGCUCCUCGAAGCCCUCUCUCAGAGGAAGAGCUGUUUUCCAGUGAUGAUGUCUUCAUGCCGGGCACUAUUAAAGUGCAGCUUUCACCAGAUGCCCAAUUAAGGAAGCUUUCCAAAGGCUCAAACAACUCAGACACUUCUAUUGACGACAUUCUAUCUGGCAGUACCACAUAUUUAGAGGAUCAGACCACAGUGCGGAAAAACUACGAGCCUCGCUUGAGCAGCGGUGGAGGGGGAACAAGCUGCAAUAAAUGCAGUCAUUCCAGCCACUCUGAGGAGGAAACAAGUUCCCUUGGUACAGAUCUUGAUGGGACGGUCAGAAUGGGUGGAUGGCAGCAGAAGAAGUGCACACACAGCUCUCACUCGGAGGACACCUCAAUUGGACUAAGCAUCUCGGAAUGGUCCACGGGAACCAACACAGUGCGCCAGUAUGCCAAUCUAUCCGGAUCGGACAGCCUUUCCGCCGUGUCCACACACUCUUGUGCUAAGAGCGAGAAAUCUAAUCAGACUAAAUCGAGUAUAAGUUCGAUAAAUAAAUCAGCGGAAAGCCUAAAUGAGCAGAGUGGUGGAAGUAGCUUCUCGCACAAGUUUAGCGGGGAUAAUGGUUCAUCCGAAGGCCUGCGAUAUGAUAUGCUCUCCAAUUCCGAGACUGAUAAGCUAAGUGAGGCCACCUCAGCCACUCGGAGUGAUGACACUACAUUGACUCUUACCGAAAUGGCUCACACUAUCAGUGAGUGGUCAACUUCUAGUAGCCGGACACUUGUUGGCGUGGCACCUGGAGAGUAUCUUCCUCUCAAACAGGUGCUGUCGGGAAAUAAAACUAGUUUAAGCUCUCCCAGUGAAGAAAAGCGCUGCGCGCUCCCGCAAGUUCAUCGAAGAAGUGGUAGCAAUGGCAAUCAGGUGAGAGUUCCCCAGGAGCAUGCUGAUACUCCAACUGGUCCGGAGACAAGUGCAGCUGCCCGGAAACGUCGGUCGCUGGAAAUGAUGUCCAAAUUGUAUCAGAGCCAGGAAAUAUGCUCUGAGUCAGAGUCACCGUUUGUCGAGCGUUUGUAUGCGCACAGCGAGAAGUUAACAGAGCGCUAUCAGAGCCAGGAAUUUGUACCGCUCCAUGGUGGAUCUCCAGCAUCCCACGUCCCUUCAUCGACCACUAGUCAGAUUCAAACCCAGCAACCCCAACAGGUCCGCCAAAAACCAAGGGCUCCUCAACCACCUACGAAACCAAAACCUGCAGUCACUCGCCCUAUUAUGCAGGCUUUGCUUAACAAAAUGAAGCAACCUGGGCUGGCGGAGCAAGCAGCCGAAGCUGCUAGGGUAGAGGAAAAUAAAGCAAUGAUUUCUGUUUCUGGUGUAGCGGCGAAGCCCCCACCACCGCCAGUACCCACUGUGCCACCCAUUGUGACGCCCAGCGAUUUACCUGGCGACGCUGUGGCUCCCCCACCCAAACCGCUGGCGAAGCAUCACAGCUAUGAUGACAGAACCCUUUCUAAGACCCAAAUCCGUGAGUUCAAGACCACUAGCAAGCAGUUGCGUCAGUCAAGCUCCUUCCAUGAGCACAUGCUCAGCAAAUCCCAGCAGUCGUCCCAAGAGCUGCCCAUAAGAAUCGACGAAGAGAGGGAUCCGCACUCCACGUCUUCAGCCACCAAUACCACCACCACCACCAACACUCUGAACAGCGAGAGUACAGAACCGAAUUCUCCACAAAUGCCUCAGCGAGCAGACAAGUUGGUCCGCUGUUCACCGUACUAUUCCAGCAGCUUAAGCUCGGAAUCACCGCCGAAUCAGUUGCUGCAGAAGCCCCCUAGGAAAGUGACCAACCAGCUGAGCGCUGGAGUCGUAGCGGCUUCCUUGAAAAGUCCCCCCAGUGGCAACGAUACGGACAGCUCACUGGACGUACGAGGUCAGGAGGCAAAAAUGAGAAGCAGAGGAUACCGCAAGAAACGUCAGUUACCCGCAAAAAGAAUAAGAGCCAAUUUAGCAGCUGCAGCUCUGUUGGAGCAGGCGGAGAGUUCAGAGUGCUCCGAGGGUUACGUACCGGAAGUUGAUUCAGGGAGCUCUGAGUAUUCGUCCUGCCAGCGGGAUGACCAAUACCUUGAGUUCGACGAGGAACUGGAGCGGGAUCAAGAGCAAACAGACGACUAUGAGGACUUUCCCCAAUAUAGUGGCAAAUUUGAAAGUCUGGAUAUGAGCGACAAUGUGGACGAGAUGGGUUUUCCCCGCUAUGAUCGCUUGGGCCACAUCACCAAGCCCAUGUAUCACCAGGCCCUUGUAUUGGAACGCCCUAAUCCGGUGCAGCUUCCAGCCCCCUCUAACCAUCCAAUGCCACCGACCUCGGGACAGCCGGUGAAACCAGCACGGACCAAGAAAAGGCAGUAUAAGCGGGAGGAUUCCACUGUGGCAGGAACAUCAGGACAUUCGACAGUAGCACCUCAGGCUCGAUCCUAUCAUGGGCGCAGUUACUGCAACCCAGAGGAAAGCGAGUACGAAACCAGAGGUGGCGGAUUGUCCGAUGAAUUGGCUAACUCUAGCGAAGAUAGCUGUAGUGGAUUCGGGGGUGACGCGGGAGCAUCAGGAUCGGGUACUAUACGGAGGGGUCCGACCAAAGGAGCUGGACAGGCUCAGCAACAAGGUACUGGAGCCCAGGUUCGACAUGUGCCGAAACCCGAUUUUUUGACUGACUACGAGUCCGAACCCAUUGAAUAUGAGCGAUAUGCAUGCGGUCUGGACAUACGUGUGGAUCCCCCACCCAAAUUUCAUGAUUCUGAUGAGCUAAGUGACCAGUGAAUUAAGUUUACCAAAGAAAUCAAGAAACGAGAAGCAAAGAAACACGAAUCUCUAUUGCGUGUGCUUAACGAAUGCAGCCUUUUCAUUUGUUUCGUUGCCUUUAAACUUUUAGAACGCUUUUUGACACACACGAUCCAAAUACUUACAUAUAACCAACUUAUUUGUAACUGAGACUGAUUUACGACUAACAAACAAAAGAAGAAAUGAAAACCAAAGAAAACCCAAGCUGCUUAACGACUUAAAACAAUUAUAACUCUUCUUGAAGCAUUAGAAAUACAAAUCAAUUUCAAGUAAAAGCCAUUUUUAUCAAACAUUACCAAACGUAAAAAAUCAAACAAAAAGAGAUGAUGGCAAAUGCCCGUAGGUCGGUGUAGAAUGAGUUGCCUUUGAGCGGUAUCUAAAUAUAAUAAUAUUAUAGAUCAAUUUAACAUUACAAUAGAUAUGGGUAUAUUGCGCAAAAACGUUAAACCAGUUGAAAAAAUUUUAAAGCACUGUUUAAUCAUCGAAUAAUGGAAUACAAAAAUACAAAUGUUUUAUUGUUAUUUAGAAAAAUCCGAAAAAAGACACAUACUUAAGGUUAAAGAUAUAAUGCAUAUUGAAUUAUACGAUUAAAAAAGUUGCCACAAACUAUGUGCAGUUACGGUAUUUUGUCAGUAAUGGUAGCGUAGGUUGCCCUUCCAUCUGACUUCCAAUCCAAGUGCCAAAGCCCGGCAUACAUAAAUCGGAAUAUCCGGAAUCAAACUUCUAUGCUAGUUACGUACACUAUAAUCUAAUUUAGUAAUCUCACAUGAUGAAGUGACAAAUCAACCAACUGCUUUGAAUUACUUAUCAUAGGGAAAUUAUUGAGAACGAUUUUAACAAUUCUCAACAGAGUUAAUAUAAUUAAUGAUCAAACGUUUCUUUUGCCUGAACACACGGUAUAAUAAGAGCAUAUACUCCGCGCUAUUAUGCGGUUUUGGAGUCACAUAUAUUUUAUAAAGCUAUUAUUAUAUAUACGAUUUUAAUUUUACUUCUAACGUUUUUAGACUAUUACCUAAAACUGUCAUAAGUGAAAUAACGUUGUUUUAGAAAUUAGUUGCUUAGUACAUAUAUGUGCCAAACCAGAAAACCCAAGAGUAGAGAUCCAUAUAAAAGACCGCAGAAUACGUUGAGACCCUGUUAAGUUUUAUACCCAUUUGAAACUCAUAUACCCAUAAGUAUAAGUAACUAAUGUAUGUUUUCUCUUUAUGUUUACAAAAGAUGGAAAAAGAUAUUUUAUAGUUGUUAAAAUGAUUGUACCUUGAUUGGUACUAGAUAAUGUAAGGGACAUACAAUAAUUUUACUAAUUUAAUCCAGAUCAAAAGUAUUUAAAUCAAAAUAUCUAUUUGUGUUUAGAAUUAACGUAAAAUGGAAUGCGCUCUAAAAUUAGUUAUUUCGAAAAAGUAAGCAUCUUCGUUAGUUGAAUAAGUCUUAUAUCAAAUAACAUGCAAUCAAAUGAUCUUUAGUAAGGAAACAAUUUAGUUUUAUCUAGCGUUCAUUUUUAUUUGCGACAUAUAUAGUAUAUAUGUAUACUAGAUCAAUACCAAAUGCCCAGGCGAUAUAGCCACGUGCAUAUGUCCGUCCGACCGUUGCUACGAAAACCAGUCUCUCGGCUUAAACUUACCUGCAUGAAAUAUUCAUCCUAUGCAGGUAUGUAACGGGCCGGACAGGACCUCUAUAUCAUUAAAAAUAUAAAAAUAAAUUUCUUUCUUUGUUUUUGAUCGUAACGUCGGUAUUCAACAAUUAUUUGACAAAUAAAAAUAAUAAUAAUAAUUUCGACUUUAAUUUUAGCAAAAUUAAGACGAGUAUAUUAUUUAUGCUUAUCUUGUAAAUUUCUAUCAGUAUAUCUUAUAAAACUGUCAGUAUUCUCUCUUGUUUUUUUACAAUAGUCUUAAACUUCAGCAUGCCAGCUAGCUUCCUUUCUAGUUUUCAAUCAAAACUUUAAUGGUAAAUGUCUAGAAUAAUGAAACCUACAAAAAAUCAUUGCUUAAUUUUAAGAAAUGAGAAAAAAAACUUAAUCCAAAGUAAAAACUGAUUGCGACUUAAGUUAAAUUUAAAUCGUUUUCUCACAUAAAAGAAGAUCACAAAAACAAACAGAAAAAAUGUUAAAAGUAAAUAUAGUAAUGAAAGCCAAUGAAACGUACACGAGCAAUCUAUUUACCAAGCAUUAAAUUAAAAUUAUAUAGAAACAAACGUAAUAAAUAAAACUUCAUUAAUCAAUAAAAA